AUGAAGAAGUUCAUCAAACAAAUAGGGAAGAGGCACUCCCGACGGGAAGAUCCACCAAGACAGACGAGCGAACCAGACGUCGGCCAAACACACAAUGUUGAGCAGAAUCGCUUACUCCCGGAACUUCAAGUUUUGGCAGACCACCAACACCGCUACGGACUUAGAGAGCUUCCGUCCUUACCAGAAGAGUCCGUAUCCGACAAUUCUUAUGAACUCAGCGUUGUCGCCGUGCAUGGCCUGGGAGGGGAUUUUUACCAGACGUGGGCAAGCACCGACGCUCAGCGGACAUUAUGGCUCUCCCAACUUCUUCCAGAAAAAUUGCCCCGGGCACGCAUUUUCUCAUUUGGCUAUGCAUCUGCACCGACAUUCAGCAAGUCCGUAACCGGGAUCAGUGACUCCGCGAACGACCUACUCCAUCAUUUGAUGCCGAUCACCGAGCAGUGGCCCGACCAACCAAUCAUUUUUAUUUGUCACAGCCUUGGAGGAAUAAUAGUGAAACAGGCAAUGAUCUCGGCGCACGAGAACGACUACUUUUCCAACGUUCUGCGGGCUACACGGAUGGUUGUGUUCAUGGGAACACCGCAUCGAGGGAGCCAAAUUGCGGCAGCCUUAGGACCCCUCGCAGCAUUCGCUAACUUCUGGCUGGAUAUCUCCUUCACCUCGCUCUUUGUCGGAUCCAUGAGGACCGAUCUGAUCCGACUAUUGUCGCGAGAUUCGGCGAAGCUUGAUGAGAUAAAUGAAUCAUUCAAGCAACGUGCCAAAGGAAUGACCGUUAUCUCUUGUUACGAAAGAGUGAAACCCCCUGGCUCUUCUUCUCUGGUCGUUGACAAGCAGUCCAGCCUCCUUCACCUCCAAGACGAGAUCCAAAUCUCCAUUGAAGCAGAUCACAUGGGCAUGUGUCGCUUUUCAUCACGAAAUGCCCCCGGGUACGAACCUAUGAUCUGGGCUAUAGUUCGAGCUGUAAAGCAGAUGAUGCCGGACUCCUCGCAUCGCUCAUUCACAGAGUCAGAAAAUAAAUACAUCGCAGCGUUCGGCCAACAACUUGAUGUUCCUAUUGACGAACCAUUGCAGGGAACUUGUCUCUGGUCGAUCUCCACCCAGGAAUAUCGCAAUUGGUACGCCGAGAAUAGGCCAGCUGUACUAUGGUUGACAGGCGAGGCGGGUUGCGGCAAAACCGUACUGACUAACUUUCUCAUUCAAGAAUUGAGAGCGGGAGUAGCACCGAGCUCACUGAAGGACGAGCUCGUUUGUUGCUUCUUCUGCACAAGGGACAUUGAGCUGCAGAAAGACGCAAGGUCUCUUCUGCGGGCACUGAUACUGCAAAUUCUGACCGUUAAGAAAGACGUGGUACGCCAGAUCAAGACAAGACACAGCUCGAUAAAGCACGAGUAUGAGCCGUCUUUUGAAACGCUCUGGCAUAUCUUUGAAAUGGCCGUGGAAACCACCCCGUGCAGCUGUCUCUACAUUGUGAUUGAUGCUUUGGAUGAAUGUGAAGAGAAGUCAAGAGCUCUACUUCUGACUAAACUUCUUCGUAUGUUUCAGCCUCGAAACCUAGACAGCGAGGUAUGGCGAAAGAAAAUCAAGCUCAUCAUAAGCGGGCAGCCUCUGAUCAGCCGAACUUGGAAAGUUAGAGAUGAAAGCCUAUCUCAAUUCCAUAUUAAUAUGGAGGGACGUCCGGAAGGCCUGGUGCGAGACUUACAACGUUUCGUUGAAUAUAAGGUGGAAGAUCUCGUCUACAAUGCUAUAUUUACCGAAGCAUUUGGCGAGCAAUUGAAACGGAGACUCUAUGCUCUCGCUGAGAACUCUUUUUUGUGGUUGAGCGUUGUGCUAGAGGAUCUCAAGCACGGGCUAAACUAUCGCGAUGAUGAUGUACAACGGGUAUUAACAUCUAUUCCCAGCAAUCUGAAGGACUCCUAUGCAAAGCACCUUCCGCCGAUAUCGCGAACCCAGUUGCCACGAUUGAGGUGCUACUUGCAGCUACUAGUAGCAAGUGCAAGACCUUUAACGUUAUUUGAGAUCGACAUAUUUACAACACUCUUUAAUCGACAAUCUACAGAGUGCAUCUCUCCAGUCGAUGGUGCAUUGGUCCUGAGUAGCCUACGCCGUGCUCUAGGCCCCUUAAUAAAGUUUCCUGAUGGGAAAGUUCAACUAAUCCACUCUACAGUCAAGGAAUUUUUCUUAAUUCUACGAUUAGAAUCGGAUCAUCCUCUUUACGAGACCCACGGUGUGGACCUGGAAAUGGCACAUCUACAGUUAGCAAAGGUUUGUAUGCAGAAUAUUUUGCAGGAAGCAAAUAGCCCCGACGACGUUGAUGAAGAGAGAGUUUCGCCAGGAAUGGCCUCCUCGAGUCCGAUUUCUGUCCGAUCCUUAGAUGUCGAGGCUGACCAGUGGGGACUUUAUGGUGAAUUGUACAACAUUGAGGAUGUCGCCUUUUUACGAGAUGAGAAUACUAUUUCGGAGAGCGUCUUAUCACAUCUCCGUACUCGCUACCCAGGGUAUGAUUACUCCUCAUGGUAUUGGGAUUACCACUAUGGCCAGGCUGAACACCUUGCUGAUGCUGCUGUACAACAAACCGCUGCCAAAUUACUAUCCUGCGGGUCAGCAAAGUUCUCAAGAUGGUACAAAUAUAAAGCUAAUCAUUCGACUUCUGCGAUGCCCGAUCCAUCCGAAGGUGGCGCCUUAGUUCUUGCGGCAUUGUUCGAUUUCCCGAUAACCUUACGAAGUCUCUUAUCAGAGCGUGGCCUUGGUGAUGACCGCAGCGACCUUCAAGCUGCCUUGUAUUGGGCAUCGUCUCGAGGCCACCUCAAGUCCAUGAGUGUCUUACUCGAAUACAAAUCCCCUCUACUCGAUGCAAGCGGUAGUAGGUCUGCAUUGGCUGUUACCAUUCGAGGAGGGUUUACCGAGGCCUGCGAGCUAUUGCUUAGGGUCGGUGGGGCUGAUCCUAAUUAUUCUGGCCUUAGAACACCACCACCACUCGUCCUCGCUGCAGCUCACAAUCAUGUGGAAAUACUGAUAGAAUUGCUUCAGCAUGAAAACAUUGACAUAAAUCAGGCGGAUGCAUCAGGACGAACCAGCUUAAUGCAAGCUUGCAACUCUGGUGCCGACCAAUGUCUGAAAGAACUAUUGCGACAUGACCGCUCCAGGAUCAACUCUUGUGAUAACGACGGCCGCAACGCCCUCAUCCAUGCUUGUAUGGCAAACCAUGCACAGGCAGUGCAACAAUUGCUAAGGGAACCAUUGCUCAAUGUGCAUUUGUGCGAUAAAUAUGAUCGAAAUGCCAUGUCAUACGCUGCCGAGAGAGCCACACUGACUAUCGUGAGGUGUUUGUUCCACGCGGGAGUGUCAAUAGGGCAAAAGGAUGUCAACGGACGAAAUGCGGUCUCAUGGGCAGCCAGUAGCGCUAGAGCAACCAAACCCUCCGAUCAAUAUGGAAAGUGCGUACUUGAGUAUCUUGUUGAAAAAUGUCCGCAUGGCGUUGACUCCCAAGAUAAUUAUGAUUGGUCGCCUCUGGCGUGGGCCUUGGAUCGACCUGGAUAUCCUGAGGCCGUCCGAAUCCUUGUCGAAAAGGGCAGGGCAGCUGUCAAUCCAAAAGACAAAGCUUCCGGUCGUUCCGUGCUAGCAUGGGCAGCAGGCGAGGGUUCCACUGAGAUCGUCGAAUAUCUGCUAGGUCUACCUUAUCUGGACAAAAACGCAACAGAUGGUGACGGGCGCUCACCGUUGUCGUAUGCUGCCGCUAAUGGGAUGAUACACACUGUAGAAUUAUUGCUACGCUAUAGUGACGUUAUAGCAGGCUUGCGAGACUCGAAGGGAAGAAGCCCGCUCGACUGGGCGAGGAUGAACCAUCAGGAUGACAUUGUCUCUUUGCUAUCUGAACAUGGUCUGGAAUAG